UUUCGAGAUUCCCAAUUUUUCACAGCUUUCUACCCAAUUCCUCGUCAAAUAUUGUAGAUAAAAACUCUUCUCUGUUUUCAAACUUCAUGGGAUUUUGCAUCUUCAACCUACUCACUUGGAGACUAAACAGACUGGAAGUUCAAUUGAAAACUUUCUCUUGCUAAAUGCAUAUAGCAGUUGCUAUAGCUGUGAUAAUAUGCUGCAGUUACUCUAAGACAUCAAACUAUGUCAAUUCACAUAUCAGUAAAGAUGAUCAAAUAAUUAGAAAUUUAGUAUUAACUAUUAUAUCACCAUUAUCAUACAACACUCAUCUGAAUAAUAUAUCAAUUUCAUCCUCUUCAAAUAAAUACUAUGAUACAUUACAACAAAGUAUAUCUUCAGCAUGCUAUAAAACACUGUUAAGCUAUGGGAGUUUACUAGAAUCAAAGGAACCCGAUGGAUUUUCACUUAGGAUUUUAAAGGAUAUGAUUGAUUUUUCCGGAAAGUUUCCAUCUAUUUCCAUAACAUCAGGCAACAUAAUCUCCUUAGGAUCUUUUGAUGAUUGCAUAUCUCUUCACCCCAAAUAUCUGACUUACUCUUUAACAUUUAUAGAUGCUAGCAUAUUCAAUCCUGCCUUAACUAACGCCUUCGAGGCUUACAAAAAUAAAUUACCUUUAUUGUUAUGGAUGCCUGGUGCCACCUACCAGGUUGGAUGGUGCUUGCCAGCCAGUUGCGAUCAAUUUGACGUGAAAGCUAUAGCAGAAAUUGCCGUUUUGCAAGUAAUAUACAGUGAUUCAUUCAAAUUAUUUACGCCAUAUUAUUUAGGAAACGUGUCAGAUAUGGGCAAAAUUUUGAAAACCGUAUCGGUCUAUAAAAUUAUUACUCACACCCAAGAUUUGACCUUGCAGCUUGUUCCCGAAAAUGUGAACCGCGCCGCUGGCUAUUCCUCGUGGCUUAAAGGUAAACAUCAAAAAUACGUAAAGAGAAGGUCACGGGAUUUGAUAUUUGGGGUCGCGUUUUUCUCUAUUUUUGGCGCCAUUUUGUUGUUUAUUUACUUGAAGGAGAGAAGAGAUUUUGUUACGAAUCUACAUUCCAAGCCUCGUUCCGCCUCGCGAGGAAAUAAUUUUUUUCGCGCCCUUCCAACUCUCUCGCAAUGCUUUUCCCCUCGUCAAAACUUACUCAAAAUAUUGCGUGGCGGGCCUUCUUAUAUUAAUAGUAAUAAUGUUUCAAACUCGCCUGAUUCUGCCUCUUCCAAUAGUACGCACCCGAGCCAACCCCUCGGCAACGGUUAUAACUAUGAAUCUGCCCGUGGCAUCGUCAAAACUUCCCAAAAUGUCAUCAAGUCACCUCUGACUUUUCUGACAGGCGUGAGGGCCCUCAGUACGUUGCACGUGAUGUAUGGCCAUACCUAUGUCUUUUCUCUAUUCUUCGUCUCCAACUUCGAACACGUUAUGAAAGGUAUGAAGGGUCGCUUUUACCAUCACAGUUUCGGCCAUUUGAAUAGUAGCCUUAUCACUCCCACGGAUGCGGGAAAAAAUAUUCUCCCGCGUGAUCAUGACGACAAUGAUCCCAUCCUAAAUUUAAACCGUUUCGAUUCAUUUUUCGUAUUCAUGUACUGCGCGUUUUUCGCCGUCGACUCCUUUUUUUUAUUUUCUGGCCUUUUGAGCUCGGCGUUCACCCCGAUACUAUCCCAAUUAUCGAAACACGCAAAUCAAAUCACCCUUAAUAACCUGAUUCGAUCUUAUCCGGCCCCUUUGAUAUACCGUUAUAUCCGACUUACGCCGGUUUACGCCGCGGUUUUGGUUUUCGAAAUAUUCGUGUCCCCUUACAUCGGUAACGGCCCCUAUUGGGCCUCCGAAGGCGUUGAUCCGGAUUGCCGGUCCCUCUGGUGGACCAACUUAGCCUACGUUAAUAAUUAUUUCACUACCGGUCACCGCACCGCAUCCGGGAAAUUGGACGGGAAGGUUAGAAUGUGCAUGCCUUGGGCCUGGUAUCUCGCCUGCGAUUUUCAGUUUCACCUCGUGAGCCCCCUCAUAAUUUUCGCGCUAAUCAAAUUCUCCGCUCCGGCUAGUUCCCAAAAAAGGGGAAAAGGACUCAAGCUUAAUUUAAAACGGUUGGGAAUAAUUUCGGCUUGCUUUAUAGGACUCCUCGUGGCGCUCUCCUUCUGUAUCAGCUACUAUAACCGUUACAAAGUAUUGGUAUUUAUCGAUAACACCAAUACGAUGAAGUUUUUCGCUGAAUUCUACAUCCGCCCCUACAUUCGAAUUCCGCCCUUUUUCUUGGGCCUCUUACUUGGGUGUUACCUAAAAUUACGGGCGUCCGCGGAUAAUAAAGAUGACCAAUGUUCUACCAGCCAUGAUAUCGUCGACAAAACUAGCGAUAACGCGCCAAACGUAAAUCCCCUCGCCUCAAAAUCCCGUUCCGUAUUCCGACCUUAUAUAAUCGUCGCCUUCCUGACCCUGGUAGCCGCCGUAUCCGCCAAAUUGUACGGACUUUUCCCGAAUUUCGACCGCUACUACAAAUCCUCCAUCUUCCGGCCCGGGCGAUGGGAUGCAUUCCGAUCAUCGCCGCAAUUUCCGGAAGUAAUGGAGGCGUUAUUUUUAUCGCUCUCCCGAUUCUUGUGGCCACUUUUAUUGAUACUAUUUUUGGCCUUCAUGAUUCUUGACUGGCCCGAUGACCCCCCUUUCAAAUGUGUCGCCGGAACGAUGCGUCUAGUCAAGCGCGGUUUGAACUCAUUCCUCAGCCACGAGGCCUGGAUCCCCGUGAGCAACCUCAGCUAUUCGGCCUACCUCAUCCAUCCCGUGAUUAUGCUGAUACAUCUCAGGACCCUGAGAUACCCACUUUACUUUUCCCACACCAAUUUUUUCGUUCAUUUCGUGUUUUACUCCGUGGCCACUUUCGCCACCUCACUGUUUUUUUCGCUGGCCUUUGAGUUACCCUUCAUUAACCUGGCUAAGAUAGUUUUUCAACGACUGAAUUGAUACGCUACUUCUUUAUUUUUGAAAAAUGCAAAUAAUCCUUUUACUUCCGGUCAUCGUUUACUCCACCCUUAAGUCAAAAUUUUUAAUCAAACCUUUUUGUUUCAACUCAAUUAUGGACGUCAUAAAAUUCAUGAUGUAAUAUAUUACAAUGCAUUUUUUUAAAAAAUUUUUAUGCAUUAAAUAAUCAUUGAUUUUCCUAAAUUUGUUAUUAAUUUUAAUUUAUUUUUGCUCAAUCAAUUUACUUAUUUUAUUUUUUUUUAAAAAAAAAAGAAAAGAUUAUAUGUUAAUACUUGUUCAGAAAUCUGCAGAAAGUUCUUAGACCCACACCCCCCCCCCCCCGAAUUUUUUAAAAUUUCGCUAUAUAAAUUAGAGAUCUGCGAAAGUAGGCUCGACCCGGCAAAACAAAACCGGGUUCGGGCUUGGUCGGGCCUUGGAAAAUUUUUUAAAAAAAAUAUAUCUAUUUAAAUUUAUCAAUUUUUAUGAAUUUUUUUAUGUAAAAAUAUAAAAAAUAUUCGAUUUUAUUUAUACAAACUAGACGCCAUAUGACACAUAUCUUAAAAAAAAAUUAAUUUCUAUAAUUCGGAUAAAUUUGGGCCGGGCCGGCAAGACUUUUUAAAAACCGGG